CCUUCUCACCAGGAAGUGGUAUGCCGGAGAUUUUUUUUUAGGAUUUGUUUUGACAAUGAUGGAGGAAGAAGAAUUUGAAUUGGCUGAGGAUUUGGAGGCUAUUCUGCAUCUCACCCCAGAGGUGCAACUAGCCAUUGAACAGGUUUUCCCCAGCCAGGACCCACUGGACAGAGCAGACUUCAAUGCUGUGGAAUACAUCAACACCCUAUUCCCCACCGAGCAGUCAUUGGCUAAUAUUGAUGACGUGGUAAACAAGAUUCGUCUGAAGAUCCGGCGCCUGGAUGACAACAUCAGGACAGUGGUGAGAGGCCAGACCAACGUGGGUCAGGAUGGCAGACAGGCUUUGGAAGAGGCCCAAAUUGCCAUCCAGCAGCUCUUUGGAAAAAUCAAAGACAUCAAGGACAAGGCAGAGAAGUCUGAACAAAUGGUCAAGGAGAUUACGAGGGACAUAAAGCAGUUGGACCAUGCCAAGCGCCACCUAACAACAUCCAUCACCACCCUCAACCACCUGCACAUGUUGGCAGGAGGCGUCGACUCUUUAGAAGCCAUGACCAGAAAGAGGCAGUAUGGUGAGGUGGCCAACCUGCUGCAGGGAGUGGUCAAUGUGCUUGAACAUUUCCAAAAGUACAUGGGCAUACCCCAGAUCAGACAGCUAUCUGAGAGAGUAAAAGCAGCACAGAGUGAGUUGGGGACUCAGAUCCUGGCAGAUUUUGAAGAAUCCUUCCCCUCUCAAGGCUCCAAGAGACAAGGUGGUCCCAGUAACGUGUUGAGAGAUGCCUGCCUGGUGGCCAAUGUGCUGGAUCCACGCAUCAAACAGGAGAUCAUCAAAAAGUUUAUCAGGCAGCACCUCUCAGAGUACCUGGUAUUAUUCCAGGAAAACCAAGAUGUUGCAUGGCUAGACAAGAUCGAUCGGCGCUACGCCUGGAUCAAACGGCAGCUCGUGGACUACGAGGAGAAGUACGGACGCAUGUUUCCUGAGGAGUGGAGCAUGACGGAGCGCAUUGCUGUGGAGUUCUGCCACAUCACCAGGGUGGAGCUUGCCAAAGUGAUGCGAACACGGGCUAAGGAGAUUGAGGUGAAGCUGCUUCUGUUUGCUAUUCAGAGGACCACAAACUUCGAGGGUCUUCUGGCCAAACGCUUCACCGGAUGCACCUUGACUGACAUACCCGGAAAAAAGAGGCCAGAGAGUCCUCUUGAAUCUACUAACCCCUUCCUGGAUGACGACGCGGGUGAGGAUGUGGGCGCAGAUAAGGACGAGGAUCUAGCUAAGCCCAGAAAGCCAAAAGCGCCGGACAACCCUUUCCAUGGUAUCGUCUCCAAGUGCUUUGAACCUCAUCUAUACGUCUACAUAGAAUCCCAAGACAAGAACCUGGGCGAACUGAUUGACCGUUUUGUGGCUGACUUUCGAGCGCAAGGCCCACCCAAGGCUGGCACGGAAGAGGGCGGAGCCGUGCUGCCCAGCUGUGCCGACCUCUUUGUCUAUUACAAGAAGUGCAUGGUGCAGUGCUCACAACUGAGCACCGGGGAACCAAUGAUCGCUCUCACAACCAUCUUCCAGAAAUUCCUCAGAGAGUACGCUUGGAAGAUCCUCUCUGGCAACCUUCCUAAAUCCAGCAGUAACAGUGGAGGUCUUACCAUAAGCAGUCUGCUGAAGGAGAAGGACGGACCGGAGGCUGCAAAGUUCACCAUGGACGAGCUCUGCCUGAUCUGUAGCAUCCUUAGCACUGCGGAGUACUGCCUGGCUACCACACAACAGUUGGAGGAGAAACUGAAGGAAAAAGUUGAUAAAGUCCUAGUGGAGAGAAUUAAUUUGACUGGGGAGAUGGAUACUUUCAGCACUGUCAUCUCAAACAGCAUCCAGCUCAUCGUUCAAGAUAUUGAUGCUGCCUGCGACCCUGCUCUCACUGCUAUGAGCAAGAUGCCGUGGCAGAGUGUGGAGCACGUGGGAGACCAGAGUCCUUAUGUGACCUCAAUUAUCAUGCACAUUAAGCAGAAUGUGCCCAUCAUCAGAGAAAACCUGGCCUCCACACGCAAAUACUUCACACAGUUCUGCAUCAAAUUCACAAACUCUUUCAUUCCCAAAUUCAUCAACCACCUGUUCAGAUGUAAGCCUAUCAGCAUGGUUGGGGCUGAACAACUUCUCCUUGACACUCACUCCUUGAAGACAGUCUUGCUGGAUUUGCCCUCCAUAGGCUCCCAGGUGCUCCGCAAGGCCCCUGCCAGCUACACCAAGAUAGUGGUGAAAGGCAUGACCCGAGCAGAGAUGAUCCUAAAGGUGGUGAUGGCCCCACAUGAACCACCAGUGGUGUUUGUUGAUAACUACAUCAAGCUCCUGGCUGACGGAAAUCCUGAGACCUUCCAGAAGAUCCUGGACAUGAAGGGUCUGAAGCGCAGUGAACAGAGCAGCAUGCUGGAGCUAUUCAGGCAGAGGCUACCCACUCCGCCAUCAGGGGCCGACAGUGGCCCCUCUCUAUUCAGUGCCCCCACCCCGGAGCAAGAGUCUUCCCGCAUCCGCAAACUGGAGAAACUCAUCAAGAAAAGAUUGUGAAAUGACAAAUUAACUGAAAUGUCAUCUUGAAAAUGUAAAGACUGAAGGCCUGGAUGGUGGUCAUGUCAAAGACUUAAUUUGACUCCAUUCAGUCAUCAAAAAUGUUGACAGAAUGUUCUGACUGACAAUAAUAUCAACACAAGCUGACGCUGGAUUAUGAAGACACUUCCUCAAAUGCUACUAGCUGUUGUUGCAUAUGUCAUUCAACUCUGCACAUUUUUACCAAUGUCUGAGCUUUGUAACAUUAUUGCGCAGUGUAUAUACUGUACACUAUAUAGGGUUGCAGUGCGGUUAACUGUAUUCAGUUGGAGAUCCUGUAGAGAAAUAUUCCCAUCUUUAGUCAGAAAUGAGGCUGGCUUUGUCUUGGCUUUUGAAAUCCCUCUAGGCUGACUUGCAUAUGAGAACCAGCUAGCUAAAGACUUUUAACUGAUGCCGUUGCUUCGGGUGUAUACUAUACUGUAAAGUAUGUGAGCAUUUAGUGUGGCGAUCAGUAUGAUUUGACAUUAAAUCAAAAGUUUGUUUUUGUGUAUUAUUUAUCCUUCUAUCGGAAUUUGUAGGGCAAACUGCAAAUUGAGAAAACUUGUGUUUCAACACAUUAUGUCAUGUAUUCUCAGCAAUUUCACUUGCAGUAUAUAUCACUCUGGAAGACAAAUAAAAUCAGCUACUUAUUUGAAGAUCAGAGAGUUUGAUGCAGUGCCUCUCAGUUGUAAUAAAUCAAGAAAAUGCAAAUGCAUUGGUGUACACAUUCCUGCAUUUAGCUACAAAAUGUUGAUUCUUUGUGUGUCUGAAUUGUGUCAACACUAUUAAAAACAUUGCCUCCAUGUA